UACCAGAGCAGCUGACUGGAGCCUCUGGAUCACAGAUCUGGAUUUUUUUUUUUACUUUGUCACCAGUGACAGAGUGGACUGCUGCUGCUUGGAGAUGACUGGACUGUCACUGCAGGAGCAGUAUCCCUCCACUUUGGGAACUUUUCUCUGUCCUGACAGCUUGAGAGUCACUGGGGACGUUUGAUCUAAGAGGCAUAAACAUUGGAUGAUCUCUUCCUUAGUCAGGAGUUAGGCGCAUUCAAAGAGGAUCAGUUGCAGCCCAGUUGAAUAAAAGCCACAUUCAUAACAAACACCAGGAUGAAGACUCAUCUCCUCUGCUUGGAGGUACUCCUUUUGGCAGGCCACAUCCUAGUGGCCAGUGGGCAGCUGGAGCCAAAGAAACAAGUCCCUCAGGACCCUCUUACCGUUACGCAGAGACUUGGGCUUAUAGAGAGAGAAGUGCAGGGUCCGGUGAGGUCAAACAUCACCAUGCCCCGUCGCCGGCUACCUCCCAUGUGCACCGGACCUACAGAAAUCCGAGACACCUUCAAGUAUAUUAACACAGUGGUGUCCUGCCUGGUGUUUGUUGUUGGUAUUAUAGGCAAUUCCACUCUUCUGAGGAUCAUCUAUAAGAAUAAGUGCAUGCGCAACGGGCCAAACAUUCUGAUUGCCAGCCUGGCACUUGGAGACCUGCUACACAUCAUCAUUGGCAUUCCCAUUAAUGUUUACAAGCUCCUGGCAGAAGACUGGCCGUUCGGGGUGGCUCUGUGCAAGCUGGUGCCGUUUGUUCAAAAAGCGUCGGUGGGGAUCACAGUGCUGAGUCUGUGUGCUUUGAGUAUUGACAGGUAUCGGGCCGUGGCUUCGUGGAGCCGCAUCAAAGGGAUUGGCGUUCCAAAGUGGAUGGCCACUGAAAUAGCGCUCAUCUGGAUAUUAUCCAUCAUUCUGGCUGUGCCAGAGGCAAUAGCCUUCGACAUGAUCACCAUGGACUACAAAGGAGAACACUUGCGAAUCUGUUUGCUUCACCCCAUGCAGAAAACCGACUUUAUGAGGUUUUAUAAAUCAGCAAAGGACUGGUGGCUGUUCAGUGCAUAUUUCUGCCUACCAUUGGCCUGCACUGCUAUUUUCUACACCCUCAUGACCUGUGAGAUGCUGAGGAAGAAGAACGGAGUCCAGAUCGCUCUUAGUGAUCAUCUCAAACAGCGGAGGGAGGUGGCUAAGACAGUGUUCUGUCUAGUUCUGGUCUUUGCUCUCUGCUGGCUGCCUCUCCACCUCAGCCGUAUCCUGAAGCUGACCAUCUAUGAUGAGAAAGACCCAAACCGCUGUGAACUUCUAAGUUUCUUUUUGGUGUUGGACUACAUUGGCAUCAACAUGGCAUCUGUCAACUCUUGCAUCAAUCCCAUAGCCCUCUACAUGGUCAGCAAGCGCUUCAAGAACUGCUUCAGGUCCUGCCUGUGCUGCUGGUGCCUACCAGCCGAGAUGUUGAUGGAUGAGAAGCAGUCGUGCAUGAAGCUGAAAGUUACCGAACGAGCCUCCGACCAGAGCAACUCCCGCAUGACCAACAAAUCUACUACAGCCUGAAGAGAGCCCUAGAAGUGAGAAAAGGGGAGAUGCUGACAAAAAAAGAAACAAAAUAUUGAAGUAUGGCUGACUGAAUGUGGAUAGGUGCCCAUUCUUGCCUCAUCUACGGCAUCAUAUGAAGUCUCCUUCAACUCCUAACAGACGUUCCCUUGGAAAUCAGCCCUCACUCUUACCUAAAACUGCAAACACUUGCCAUUAUGGAGUGCUGCACACUCUCCCUGUCCAAGAGGAGAAAAACACGUCAAAAAGCUGUAUUCUUGGAAAACAAGUGUGAAAUGCGUGAAGCAGGCAAACUGGUGUUAAUUACACCAAAUAUCGAGAACUGAGCAGGGGCGAAGUUCAGCACAAGUGUUAUGUAAAAUUGGGGGUCAAGGGUCAAUUAGUGAAGACAGCUCAUCGGGCUCGCAGCCUGGAUGGUGAAUGUUACUUUGAUGCUAUGAAUCUUGCGAUAAAUUAUGCAUUGCAUGGACAAUAUUCAAGCUUGAUGCUGUGUUAUGUAUUGCUACCACACACUGCAGCAGCUUGGAAAAUUUAAAUAAUGAAUCUAAUGCUCUUGUUUUUUUUUUUUUUUUUUUCUGUUUUGUUUUUUGUAUGUAUUUCCUUUAAAACGUAUGUAUGUAUUGAGUAUUUUGCAUACCUUAUCAUUUGUCACAUUAGUGCCUUUUAUAUGAAUUUGUCUCUGUGUCAUUUUCCCUCUAGUUAUUGAACUACUGAUGUUGUGUGAUUUAGGAUGUGUGACCAUUCAGCUAUUGUAUUAUAUUGUUCAGUAUUGGGCCUGUCCAUGAGGCUUUAUGUGUUUCAUGACUGUAUUUGCUCAACAUUAUCUGAAGCUGACCUGUACCUCAGUUGGUGUGACAAGAGUUUCCUUUUUGCAAUAAACCAAUAAAUAAAAGAUAAAUAU